GUGCGGCGGGCACGCGGCUCGGAGCGGCUCGGCCGCCAUUGCUGUGCGGCUCCUCCCGGCCUUUGGCGCCGGUUCUGUGAGGGCUGACGGCUGCGCGGGGGCCGGGAGGGGUCGCUUUCUGUCGGCGGAGCGCUCUUCGGCCCCGGUGGUUUCUCCCACCCUGCUGCUGCCAUGGAGCAGUUCCCCUUCGGCGAUGAGAGCUCUGUGAGCCUGGAGAUUCAACUGCUGGGCUUCACGGGGAGCCCCAACCCUGAGCUGAGCCCGCAUGGUGCAGCCCCCCCAGAUCCAUCCAGCACUGAGCUGGAGGAUGGCCUGAGCGUGCUGUCCUUGUGCCCAGGCAGGGAGUGGGACGGCGAGGUGCAGCAUGGGCUGUGCCUUCCUGGGGUGCCCAACGCAGACCCUGCAGCCACCCAGAGCCGGGCAUCGCCUCACAGCUCUCCACUGCCCUCCAGCUGCUGCGGGACGCUGCUGUGCAGCACCAACCACAGCCCGACUGACAGCCAGCAGCACCAACACCCGAGCAGGAAAAGGAAAGGCUUGGUGUGCCCGGAGCAGCGCUGUGAGCUGCAGCCCCUGCGGUGCCCGCAGGGCAUGGGCUGUUCAUCCUGCAGCCUGGUGGAGGACAGCAGUGUGCCGGAGGAAUGCCCGGAGAUCCCUGCCACUGCUCCUGGAGAUGGGCUGAGCGGCAGCGCGGCUCCCAGCCCCGCUCUCCUGCAGCCCACAGGGCUGAGUGCUGCUCCCAGCCCCGCUCUCCUGCAGCCCACAGGGCUGAGUGCUGCUCCCAGCCCUGCUCUCCUGCAGCCCACAGGGCUGGAUGCUGACCCUGGCACUGCUGGACUGCAUUUCGCAGUGCUCAGAGCGCAGCAAGCGGCCGUCAGCUCCCACCCCUGGCUCAGCACCGCGCCGCUCUGUGCCCAAAGGAGCAGCUGCUGUUUCACACUCAAACCCAGCCCUGCUGGAAGGGAAGCCCCCCUCUCCUGCUCCUUCCUCUCCGAGUGCACGGACGCUUUGCCUUUCCCUCUGGUGAGCCCAGCUGUGGAGGAGGUGGUGCUGGGCCGCCCCGAGGACGGCACGCAGCCGUGGCAGAGCGUCGUGGAGCAGCAGGCAGCGCUGAGUGGUGGUGGGCAGCUGAGAGCCGCCGGCACGGAGCCGGGGACGCGGAACCUCCUGCAGGUGUUGGCCGCCUCCCAGCACGCCCUGUCCCACGUGUUGGCACCCAAAGGGCCGAAGGAUUCCUCUCUCUGUGCCCGAGAGCGUGAGAGCAGCAUGGCCACGGAUCGGCUGCAAAGCGAGGCUGCCUCCAGCAAGGGGGAGAAGAGCAGAGGCGGCGGUGCGGCUGCAGGCAGGUCGUGGCGUUUGCCUGCUGCACGCAGGGAGAAGCUGUCGGCAGGGCUGGUGGGCACGGCGUCCCCCAGCCAGGUGGCCAUGGCCUCCUUUGCACCGCGCCAGCAGUGCGGGCUGCCCGUCCUGCACCGCGUCCAGGGGGGAAACAUCUGCAGCUUCCCAGGCACGGCGCAGGAGGACGGCGCGUUGGCCACGAGUGCUAAGAGCAGCGCUGCUCCCACCAACAGCAGCGACCGCGACGGUGUUUUUCUAUGCAAGAGCUGCCAGCAGGUGUUCUACACCCAGAAGGGCCUGGACAGCCACAUGUGCUUCCGUGACGAGCAGUGGCUGCUGCCCCAGCGGAGAGAGGAGCCGCAGGGCUGUGCUGCAGAUGCUGGAUCCGCUGCGAGGCUGGAGCUGCAGGAGGAGCCCUGUGAGGCUGGAGCUGCGCUUCUCAUCCCCGUCUCAGUGCCGGUGCUGCCUGGGGGUGAGGUGACCCCCAAGGAGAGCCAGGAUGGGAAGAGCCCCCGCGUCAGCUCGCACCCGAAGAAGAGGAAGCGGCAGAUUCUCCCCAAACCCCUCUUCAUCCCCCCCCCGCCUCCCCCCGAGGCGCAGCCCGGCCCUGGGGGCUGCUACCGCAGCAACCUGCGCUCCCCAGUGCUGCUGAUGGACCGCCUGCUGCGGGACCUGCUGCAGUGCUCACCCUACACCCCCCCACCCAUGCUCAGCCCCAUCCGCGAGGGCUCGGGGCUCUACUUCAACGCCAUCUGCUCGUCCACUGCUGCAGAGCCUUGUCGGCUCUUGGGCAGCGUGCUGGACAGAAUGGACCAAGACUUCGGGCUGUGCCUCAUGAAGGAUGGCACCAAAAUCAGCAUUGAGCCCCACAUCAACGUUGGGAGCCGCUUUCAGGCUGAGAUCCCGACCCUCCAGGACAGAUCACGCUUAGGAAACGCUGAGCACGCAGCCUUGGUGUGGAAGCCGUGGGGAGACAUCGCAACCAACGAGGAAACGCAGGACAGAGUGAUGGAGCUGCUGAACAUGGCGUGCUCCAGCGUCAUGCCGGGCGGGGGGACCAACCUGGAGCUGGCCCUGCACUGCCUGCACGAAGCGCGGGGCAACGUGGUGGACGCUCUGGAGCUGCUGCUGUUUGGCUGGCCGCACAAAUCCCAGUCCCAUCCUCUCGCUAAUUACCGUUACACAGGCUCGGAUGUGUGGACGCCCGUGGAGAGGCAGCUCUUCAAAAACGCCUUUCAUGCCCACAAGAAGGAUUUCUACCUGAUCCAGAAGAAGGUCCAGACGAAGAACGUGUCCCAGUGUGUGGAGUAUUACUACAUCUGGAAAAAGAUCAUCAAGUUUGACCACAGCCGGCCUCAAAACGCAGACAAAAAGGUCAAGAGGGACAGCAGUGAGGCGGAGGAGGCCGAGGAAAAGCCCCUCUGCCCCCCGAAGAAGAGGCACUGCCUUCUGCUCAGCGAGAGCAGCAAGAAGAGCUGCAGGAAGACACCCCACAGUGCGGGCAGCCCCUCCUGCAGCCCAGGCCGAGCUCCCGGUGCUGUGGAGCAUCACAACGUGUUCCCCUGCACCGAGUGUGAGAGGGUGUUUGACAAGAUCAAAGGUCGCAAUGCUCACAUGAAGCGCCAUCGGCCGCAGCACCGCACGCUGCCUCUCCUGGAGGCCCAGUGGGCCCUGGAACCCCUCAAAAGAGAGGAGGCCGCAGUGGGGGGGGCCCUGAGCAGCAGCUGGGGGGCUGUGCCCCCCCAGUAACCCCAGGUGGGUUCUCUCCUGAGCACCGCCCUCACAGGAGAGGCACAGCAGAGGAUGUUUGGCACCCGCAGGAAAAGCUUGAAGAAGCGUUGGAAGCAGUUUUGGGGCUCUGCUGGCGUUCGGCACCGGCGGUGGCUGCGGGGUGCGAUGGGGGCUGUGAGGGCAGCGGGGUUGGGUUGGGUUGGGGGCUGACUGGUGCUUACAGCAGGCGGAGGAAGUGCUGCACAGUGGGGCUGUCGGCUCCCUUCAGCCCUCGCCUCCAUUUUGGAUGGAAGUUUGGCUCCCAGCGGCGGGGUUUGGUGGCUGUGGGGCGCAGAUGGGGGGUGGGUGCUGUUAAUUCCCCAUUCUGCCACGGAGCGCCACGCUGCGCAGCGUUUCACACCAAAACUCCUUCCUUUCUCACCCGUUUUCUACCAAAACUCCUUCCUUUCUCGCCCGUUUUCUACCCAACUUCUUGCAUUGGGUUCUGGGGCAGCAGAAGUUCUGCGCUGCUCUGGCUGGUUGUCUGAAAGCAAUUAAACGGUUAAUUAAAGCGACGGUGGCGGCGGGCGCUGCUGUUCGGCAUAACGCUGCGUCCGGGUGUCUGUCCUUGCUCUAAUUAGUGCUCAUUAGCAUCAGUAACGUCUCUCAUACAGCGCUUUAGGGUGGGAGAAGCGACGUUUUGAUGGGUUGGAUGGAUAAAACGUAAUGAAGGGGUUUUUCCUUGGCAGGAGGGAUGCGGGGCUGCUGCUGAUGGCCGCAAUUCUCACUGCUUUGUUUUGAGACCAUUUUGGGAUUGGUCUCCAUUGCGGUUCGGUUCUCUCCCCCAGAGGGUCAAAUUUUGUCUGUGGGCUUUGAGAAUUGCUUUGCCCAAAGCAGAAGUUGGCUUUGCAGAGCGGCAGAGCCCUUUCCCUUCCUAUCAGGUGGGUUCUUGUGUUCGAGGAGCACUCAGCAACGCUUCCUCCAGCCCUCAGCUGGGACAGCGGGGGAAGCUCAUCUGCCUCCUGGAUGUGAGCAGAGCACCGCACACAGCCCUCCAGCCAGCCGCACA